AUGGAAGGGAAAAAUCAGAGCUUUGUGACCACAUUCAUCCUCAUGGGAAUUCCUCAUCCACCUGAAUUAGAAACUGCCCUAUUUGGAAUAUUCUUAGUGGUCUAUGCACUCACUUUGGUGGGAAACCUCCUUAUCUUAUUGGUGAUUAAAGUAGACUCCCACCUUCGUACCCCAAUGUACUAUUUCCUGGCUAACCUUUCAUUCAUUGACACAUGGUUCUCCACUGUCACUGUGCCCAAGAUUCUUAUGGGUCUCUUUUCUACAGAUGGUGGAGCCAUUUCUUUCCACAGUUGUGCAGCUCAGCUUUAUUUUUUUCACAUUCUUGGGGGCACUGAGUGUUUUCUCUACACAGUUAUGUCCUAUGACCGCUAUGUAGCUAUCACUUUCCCUCUGCGCUAUGCCACCAUGAUGAGUGGGAAAACUUGUGCCCUUCUAGCUGGGGGUACAUGGCUCACUGGUGGCCUUCUUGCUGCUCUCCAAACUAUCCUGACCUUCCGUCUUCCAUAUUGUGGACCCAACCAGAUUCAACAUUAUUUAUGUGAUGCACCUCCCAUUCUCAAAUUGGCUUGUACAGACACCUCAGUCAAUGAGAUGGUAAUUUUUGUCAACAUUGGAGUGCUGACUAUUGGCUGUUUCUUUCUAAUUUUUCUUUCCUAUGUAUCUAUUAUCCGUGCUAUACUGAAGAUCAGCACAGCAGAGGGCAGAUACAAAGCAUUCCAGACCUGUGCCUCCCAUUGCAUUGUGGUCCUCUGCUUCUUUGGACCAUGUCUUUUCAUAUACUUGAGACCAGGUUCUAAAGAUGCUGUGGAUGGAAUUGUGGCUAUUUUUUAUACUGUGCUCACACCUAUGCUAAAUCCUCUGGUAUACACAUUGAGGAACAAGGAAGUGAAGACAGCUCUACUUAGGCUACAGAAAAGAGGAGUUUUUUCUAAAGGGAAAUAG